AUGCCGCAGCAUAACAGAUUCAUUCCAUCGUUCAUUCAGAUUCCCAAGGAUAUCUUCCGCGUGAACUCGGCGUCUUCAUCCCGUUCCGGGCUUGACCAGGUCCUAGGCGACCACACGGCGUGUUCGACCUCCUUACAACUGGAGGGAAAGUACAACCGAAGGCUCUCGACCCAGUUUCUUACGAAUCAGAAUCUCGUUCGCACUGUCAAACCCUGGGGUGGUGCCACUAUUUACGUAUAUGCUAUUAUGGCUGGAAUCGUUCUCCCUAACGAUCUUAUUCUUGUCCACGAAUUUCGCGACCAUUACUCACUACAGGCCCGGAAAGAGAUGACAGUAGAAGGUACAAGGACGAGUGGUUACAGCGAUACCCUCAGGUGA